AUUUGGAUAAGGCUGUUUGGUGACUUAUAUUUUGACUAAAAUGACACAAACAUUUCAGCACACCAGAUUUAUUAUUUUUUCAUUUCUUUUUCCAGUCAGAUGCAGUAAUGAAAUACAUCAUAAAGAUGUUAAAAAAAUUCAGCACUGCAGCGGAAUUCAUCCCAACACUUGAUUCCCUAAAACAAUUUGACUUAGAGGGACUAGAGACGUCCACUGCGGUAAAACAAGAGACACACAACAACAGGCCAUUCUUCUUUAUCCGGCCUACAAUCCUCUCAAAACUGGCAGUUGCUCAUCCAGAAUGUGGAGUUCAAUCAGUCGAUGACCAUCUCAUCGUCAAGCAAUUGGUUUUUUUGGACGAUAUGUCCACUAACAAAAGUAGACGGUGGUCUCCAAUGAGUGUGUGUCAGCUUUUACCCAUUGCAAUGGCAGACAACCACUUCUUUGUGAACGUCUGCUCCGUUUCGACGGAAGUAAAUGCAAUUACACUGGGGCAUGCAGUGAUAAAAGACAUGCAGACUAUGGGAAGGAUACCAGGAUACAGUGGUGGAAAAUCUGUCACUGUGGAAAGUACCUUCGCCACCUUUGUUGCGGACAUGGCUAUGCAGAGCAGCAUCUGCAGCCACUUAGGUGCUGCUGCAAAUUCAUUUUGCCCUAAGUGUGAGGUUACAAAGGGAGAAGUUGCAGUUGGGACCAAGCGUAAUAAAGAAAAAACAGUGGAGACACGAAAGAAAAUAGCCUUGGAGAAAACUGUAACUGGAAUGAAAAAACUGCAAACAGUGACGGGGAUAAAAGGAGAUGAAAACCCAAUACUAAAUCUUAGUUUUGACCCUCAUGAAAACAUACCAACUGGCAUAUUGCAUGUUAUCCACCUUGGAGUCACAAAGCAACUGCUAUCUGUGAUGAGUAAAAAUGACAGAAAGUCAUUACUUCAGCUGUACAUCAAGGAUCUGUGUCCAAAACUCGGAAACAAGUUUGUGGAUUAUCUCGGAAGUAGACAAGGGAAGGACUUUAAAUCAUUUAUCCAGAUUGCUCCAUUUGCUGCGAAAUUCAGUGGACAGCCCCAAUCAAUCUUUAAGGCAACAUUGAAACUUGCAAAGCUUCACAAAGUAUUAUGUGCAGGGGGGCCGAUUGAAGUACCUGCACAAGACUAUGUGAGUGCUGCUCUGGAAGUGGGGAGCGUGUUAGCUACUCCAAAACUGCAUGCACUUUUGCACAUGGCAAAGGACCAGGACCAACAUGGGCCACUGAUAAUGCUAAAUGAGGAUAAAUUCGAAUCCUCCCACAAACAUAUAAGAGAAGGUCUGUUUAAACAAAACAACUUGGCAAGAGGGAGAGACACCGCCAGAGCCCAAUACAAGAGGCUGUUACUCCAGCAUUUGAUGACUGGGGGAUUUGUGCCAGACAUUAGAAACAACUCAUGGAGACAAGCUGGCGAUUGCGUGCUCCAAGGACAAGACGCAUUGCAGAUCCUUAAUGGGACAACAGUUAAAAAACAAACUUUCCCAAAGCUGACAAUGGCAGAUAGGGACGAAAGGGGAAAACUAAUUGUGAAUAAUAAAACCUCUACAUACAACUGUAUUAAAACUUCUGACGGAGAUACCAUCAGAAAGAAUGAGGCAUUUGUAGCGAAUGGAGUAGUAAAGGUUUUCAUAAGAGGAUUGAAGUCCGGUGAGGACGAAACAAUUGAGAUCCGUGAAGUUAUUUCAAGAGGAGUUUCACAAACCUUAGGAGUGGACAAAUUCAUCCUCGGGAGAAACGAGAAAUUGACCAUGCCAAAUAACAUUAAAAAAAUCCACACAUUAUGCGCAUGUGAUCUAAAUGGAUGCACAGUUGGGACAUUCACUUCAACUACAAAGUUAGAGCAGCAAGAAGUGGAAGUGAAGAAUUUGAAAGUGAAACACCGAACCUCCAUUAUCUACAUUAACGAUUUUAAAGCCAUGUAGGAUAAAUAUAGGUAGUUCAUAAAGCAGCUGAUAAACAUAAAAGAAGAACAAAACAAGAAUAAUUUCAGCUUCUUCUGUUCCAUGUACAUCUGUCAAUAUGUUGGGCCAAGUUAGUUUUCAUAGCUUGAGUGUAGUGAGAGAGUGACUUCAAAUGGACAAUUAUUGUUCAGUUUUACUGUGUCUAUUCAGGUGAUCAAGAUUACUCUGUCAAAAUGAUAUACUACUGGGUUGAUAAAGCAAUUCAAAGACAAUUAUGUACUAAUAUAUGAUAUUUUGAUGAACUUUAUACUUUAUCCAAAUAAGUCAUUUUCAUUUUCCAUAUGCUAGUAUGUAAGCAUAUAUACACAUAGUUAAAAUUAAUACGAAAGUAGAAUAAGUACCAACGUGGCUCUUUCUAUUAUUCAGCGUGAAGAUAAUUUUAAUUGAUUAUCAGAGACGUAGACCCUCAACUCUGAACAUCAGAUCUGUAGCAAGUUAAUUUUAUAUGUUGCCUGUCAUUUCUAGGUUUAAGUUGUUGCAUUAUUUCUAUUAGUCAGCGUACAAAGUAGUCUAAAUGAUGCUCAGGGACUUGGGCCCUCAAUUCGGAGCAUCGGAUUUGUAGCAACUGUUAUCCGUUUCUUCAUCCGUCAGUUCAUAUCGUUGCUCUGUGUAAACCCACUACCAUACAUCUGUACAUAGCCUUUCAUGAUGUAAUUGAUGAAUUUUCCAAUGUAUCUUGAGAACUGAAAAUGCAUUAACAUGUUGUUAAUGACAAUACUCACUGUGGUUAUUCUCUUAUAUAGCACAUAUGUUAUUGUAAUUACAAUUAAUUAUGGCAAGUGUUUUGCAACUUAGCAUUAUUUAAUUACCUAUAUUUUACAAUUUUUUUUAUAUAAUACAUAUGAACGUAUACCAAUAGGGAUCCAACAAUGGCUUUUUAAUAUGCUUCAUGUAGGCCUACCACAAUUUGAACUAAUGAUUUAGAUAGAUUGGCUAAUAGCAUGAUAUGUGAUGUCUUUUCAAAAUGAUCUAAAAAGGGAAAAAUACUUAAAUUAAAACACAGAAUGAUGAAAAAUUCUAGAAAUAUUUAAUAAUAACAAAUCGUGAUAUAUCAGGGAUGUAAAAUUUGAUACACAUCAAAUAUUAUUUGCAUAAUUUGAUCAAUCAUGGGAUCCCUAUAUAGAUGUACGUAGAGCAUUUAUUUGUUGAUUUGAUGUGUUAUUUUUACGUACCUUAUAUCAUUUGGUGACGUCUUCGGAAGUGAAACAUAACACAUAACAAUAAAAACUUAUCUAGAAAUAAACAGCUUAACUUGGCUAAACAUUGUCAACGUUUCUCCAACUGGAGAUUGUAUUAAAUUGUAGAGAAUACAUGAUUAGAGAGAUUUCAUAAGUGAAAGCAUAACUGAGCCUACAGUGUACCUAUACGUAUGAGUGAAUUUAAAUUAAGGAACAAUAGCUCCUUAAGGAUGAAUAGAGCUGUUGGACAAAUGAUGACGUAGAGAGCAAAAACUUUAUAUCAUAAGUUAUGAACAAAAGGGAUUUAUGAAGACGCAAUAAGGGCAUAACGAAAUCUCUCUAAAAUACCCACAGGUGAUUACUGAUAUUCCACAGUAAUUGUGAUGUUCAGAGUACUCUCUUGUUUUUCUGUCCCGGUUGUUCUUGCUAAAACAGCAAAAAUGUAAAAAUGCAUGUGGUUAUUAGAAAGAAACUGUCAAUGGAAUGCUUUUAUAAAGAUCUAAACUAUGUAUAUCGUGUAUAUGUUGUAUAUAAUCUAUAUUCGGAUUUAUGUGAUUAACAAAUACACAUCGAUUACAAUUGAUCAUUAUUAUUUUGUUUAUUACUGUUUCAUAUAUAAACCGGGUGAAAUAAUAAAAGUUUUAACAUUUCCUAAAUAGAAUUUUGCACUCAGAAAAUCUUUUAAAACCCUCUUAUCACGAAAUAAAUUCAUUUUCGGGAUAUAAUAUUUACCAAAAUAAACCAGAGAAUCAAUCAAUAAGCCGUAAUUUAUGAAAUUAUGAAAGAUAUUUGGCAUUGCUACAUUAGUAAAAAC